CAUGAAUUCACGUGUUUCCUCUUCAGAUGGAAUCACUGCAGGUUCUGCUUCAUCAUCCCUCCCGGAUCAGAGAGUCCAAACACGGACAGCUCGCAGUGUGUACACACAGCCAUACCGUUACAGGUGCUGUACACACACACACACACAACUACACAACGUGGAGACUCUGAAGAUGUACACACACGCACAGAUGAUUCAAAUGCGCAUACAAGAUGGGUUACUAGUGCGGGGAUGAAGAGGAGAAAGAGAAGGGGUGUCGAGCAAACCCUCAUCGAUCCGACCGAGAAAGAGAGAGAAAGCGCAGAGCCUGACUGCAUCUUCAUCCCAGCAGACCCCUCCUCUCCCUCUUCCUCUCCCUCUUCCUCACCCUCUCUCCGUUUCUCUCUCUCUCUGUCUUUCUGCCAGCUGAUGCUGACUGGAGGUGAAGCUGUUUUUCUCUCAGCUCGUCAUCCCGGAGAAAAAAAUAAAAUAAUAAUUUAAAAAAAAUCUGGACCGCCUGACAGGAGGUUUUGGAUUUUGCCACUACUUGGUGAUGACAAGCGGAGGAAACUGUGAAUUUGAAGACAAGCCGAGAGAGAGAGAGAGAGCAACAUCCAAGACAGUAGCGCAGAGAGAAACACAACAACUUCCAGCAGCGGUGUCCUCGGGGCGGUCUGCGGGGAUCUCCGGAGCCGUUGGCACUGACUGAAGGUGGGUGUAAAACGUCCCUGAUCAGACAUGGAGUUCCCAGACGAGUUCCUGCUGGCGGAGCUGCAGCUCUACAACGACUCGAUUUUCCAGAACAACUUCAGCAGUGCCUACAACGAGACCGACGCCUUACUGCCGACCGGGGUGAAGGUCACCAUCGUGGUCGUCUACAUGAUCGUCUGUGUCAUUGGCCUGGUGGGAAACUUGGUCAUGUACGUCAUCAUAAGAUACACCAAGAUGAAGACUGCCACCAACAUAUACAUCUUUAACCUGGCGCUGGCUGACUCUUUGUUCCUGGCUACUUUACCUUUCCAGGGCACUGAUGUGUUUCUGGGCUUCUGGCCAUUUGGGAAUGCCCUGUGCAAGGCGGUGGUGUCUAUCGACUACUACAACAUGUUCACUAGCACCUUUACCCUGACAGUGAUGAGUAUGGACAGGUACAUAGCCGUCUGCCACCCUGUCAAGGCGCUGGACAUGAGGACGCCUCACAAAGCCAAGGUGGUGAAUAUCUGUGUGUGGGUGUUGGCCUCUGCCUUCGGUGUCCCAGCUAUGGUCAUGGGAAAUGUUGAGGAGGAGCAAGAGCAUAACAGUGUUGAAUGCAUUGUGGUUUUACCUGAACCAAGGAGUCACUGGGAUCCUGUCUUUGGCACCUGCGUUUUCCUCUUCUCCUUCCUCAUCCCCGUGGCUAUCAUCAGUAUCUGCUACAGCCUGAUGGUCAAACGCCUGCGCAGUGUUCGCAUCCUGUCCGGCUCCAAGGAAAAGGACCGCAACCUGCGUCGCAUCACCAGGAUGGUUCUGGUGGUGGUGGCGGCUUUCGUUGUCUGUUGGACCCCCAUCCAGAUCAUGGUCCUGGCUCAGUCCCUGGGCUUCAACCUGAGCAGCUUGUUCACGCUGGUCCUGAUGCACUUCUGCAUUGCGCUGGGCUACGUCAACAGCAGCUUGAAUCCUGUGCUCUAUGCCUUCCUGGAUGAAAACUUCAAGCGCUGCUUCCGUGAGUUCUGCCAUCCGUCUCCGUUCCGCCUUGAUACCCAGCAGUCAGGCAGGAUGAGGAGCAUUGCCAGGGAGGUGGCAGCUGCCUACAGCUGCAAGGCCGGGGAUGGCGGGGGGCCUGGAGGUGGAACGCCUAAUCCAGCAUGACUAGGCGUGGAGCUCCCUUUGGUGGGGGUAGACCCCCCGCAGAGGGGAGAGACCCAUGGGACAGGGAACUCCAAUACAGAAUUGACUCAGAUUACAGCUCUCUAGCGGCACGAACCCUCCCGCCCCCCAAUGAGAAGACUGGCCUGGGGCGGGGGGGAGGGAGAUGAGGAGGAUGGGGUCGAAAGGAAAAGAAUUUAGGAAUGAGUCACAGCACCUGUAGUUUUAAAAGGGUGCAGGGAAAUUAGAUCUGUUGGAAGCUUUGUUGGGAAGGACGUAGAUAUCUGUGUUGAAGAUGCCUGAUAUGGUUGUAACUGAGCCCUAGAUUGGAAGGACUAUGGCCCUAACUCCACAAGAUGGGACAAGAUGAUAACAUGUUUUGGAACAGAGUUAAGUGACUUUUAGGCAAACCUCAAGGAUAUUUGCUUAAGGCUUCAACUAUCUUGAGUGUUGUUAGACAUUUAUUUUAGUUCCAAAAGCAACAGUCUCAUCAACAGAAAUUGGAUCGACCAACUGAGGCUGGGAGACACUUGCUGCCUCUCUAGGAAGUUGCUUGACUUUCUACUUGGUUAUGAGAAGGCAUGAGUUGGAGUUGGGUAAGUGUAUAAACAGCAUGGGAUUAAUAGAAGGAGCUACAGAUACCAAAUCUGCAAGACAACCUUGCAUUACCUUGGUGCUUGUAGGAGGAACAUAAACAACAUUUGAAGUGCAGAUUGUGGUUUUCCAGCGAUAACGACCUUAGACAUUGCAAAAUGGUAAAUGGUUGUAUUUAUAUAGCGCUUUUCAUGAUACGUCACAUUCACCCAUUCACACACUGAUGGUGGAAGCUGUCAUGCAAGGCGCUAACCACAACCCGUCAGGAGCAGUUAGGGGUUUGGUGUCUUGCUCAGGGACACCUUGACAUGAGCACGAUGGGCUGAGGAUCAAACUGGCAACCUUCCAGUUACAAGACGGCCACUCUACCCACUGAGCCAUGCCGCCCGAAAUGGAGAAUAAACACUUUCACUACAGUUUACUAUAUCUUUAUCAGUUGAUGUUUCUAAACUUUCAGUCGUAAGUGAUUGGAAGUGGUGGAUAGAAAGCCUGGUGUCCUAUGCUGGUCUCAGUAAGGGGCUGUUAUUGAGAGGGUUUUACUGAAACAAAAUGGGUCUACGUGAUUGUAUUAUGCUGCUGAGCCCGUGACCCUUGGCUUUAAUGGGCACACAAAGUGUAAUGUGAUGUUUAUGUAGACAACAAGUUGGAUGUAAUAUCUGCAAGGAAAAGAACAAUUUGCAGCAAGUUACUCUUGAACAAUAUUUCUUAAACUGUGUCUAUGGACCCAGAUUGGGUCACAUGAAUGUGAUUUCUCAUAGAACAAGCAUUUCUCAGUGUGUCCUGAAACAAAUUAGGCCUAAGAAAUCCUGUCCUGAAACAAGUUUCUUAGUGUUUCUGUGAUUUCUAGGAACUUUCUAUGAACACCUGUGGAAGCAUGGGAAGUAUUUAGGGUGGGAUAUGGGGAGACCUUACACGACAGCAAAAAAAAACAAAAACAAAGUGAUUUAGUAUUUGAAGAAAAAACCACAAGGUGUAUGGACCUUUUUCUUGCUGUUUUGUAGGGCACAAAAUGAAUGACAGUGCCUGCUUGUGCUGUUUGUGAUGUGUCCACACAUAAAAAUACAGUUAGCCUGUAGGGAUGUAUACGUAUCAAGUUUGCAGCUAAGACCUGAAAUCUGACUCAAACAACGUUAACAUGACCUGGGUAAAAACAAUGCUUUCACAAAAGCUGUUCCAAGCACUUAAAUCUUUAAAUACUAUAACAAAACAUCCAAUUACAACAAUUACUCCGAUAAAAAAAAAUGAUUUCAAUCCUAUCUCUUAACACGGACAAACACUGAAAACUAUAAAUCACUUUGCCAGAAGAUAACUUUUUAAGACAAUGUGUAUAUGUGUUUAAAAGUGAAUACAAAGAAAAACAGCACACACUUCCUUCUCUAGUGUAUUUAAAAUGUGAACUACAACUGGCCAACAUUGCUGCAACUUGUUGAAAAAAAAGAAAAUUUAGACCUUCAUAACUGCUUGGAAUUACUGAUUAUUGUUUUCCAUCAUAUGGAGUUUGCUCAUUGAUUCUGACUCCUGCAAAAUUCUUGUUUUGAUUAUAUUGAUAUGGCGGCAACAAAAAAGGUUGCCACUUUUAACUAUCAAAUAAAACCCAAGUGUAAGUUUCAAGGCAGGGAAAUUGCAGAGCUCACAUUUAAGGAAGGAAAUUUGUACUUUUUUUUCUUAAAUUUGAAGUAGUUCCCUAUACAUUUGAUGGAACUGACCAACAAAUACAGUAAGAUGUCAGUUUUUUUAUGUCAAUGCUACCGUAUCACCAAAACAUCAAAAAGAACCUCUGGGGAAAAAAAGUUGGGAGGAAAGACAACACCAUCUCUUAUGAUCCAGUUUCCAGUGGUUUGUCAUGGUUUUAUACAAUUUGGAUACCAAUAUGAUAACAAAUGUUUUAAAAAUGACACAUAUGGGUUUGCUGUUUUUUUGUUUUUUUUUACCCAGGUCAGGUUUGAGGAUUCCAAGGUGAAGCUGAUCUGUUGAGGAGUUGACGUUGGAUUUAGGAGAGUUUUGGUGAAGUCGGGGUUUAGGAAAUGUUGAGGUGGGGCACUUACACCGGGAGGGGUUGGCGUCUGGGUGUUACCUGAGGAGUAAUUUUGACUCCCAGCACCACAGUGGCAAAGCAGGAGGACGGGGUCACAGUGCUCUGACCCCACUCCAAGGGACAAAGGGGCUCUCUCUCUUCUUAGUGUCUUAAAGUGGAAAUCAACCCUGAAACAGACGUCACAUCAAAUAUUCUCAUUCUGGACAGUUUUGGGAAUUGGACUGACAGCAUUACACUGGAUACAAUAUGUCAGUGUGGAGGUUUGGGCCACAAAAAUUGGACAACUAUAAAAUAAAAGUUAUCGCCCAGCGGUUGUAGGCCUCUGCCAAACAGUUAAAGUGGCAGUUUUCAUCCUUGUAGGUGGAGAAUUCUACCUUCUGGAUGUAAAAUGUCAUUACUAAAUCAUUUUUAUUCUAUUUACUGAAAAUUUGAGUGAAAUUUGUGGCCGAUACAUGUUUGGUGAGGUCAAUUUUUAUAACUUUUAUUUCCAGGAAAGCCUUGAAGCAGUGGCGCUCAAUUUCUGAGGAAACUUGAGUGCAGUUUCUGACUCACAGCUUUAUCUAAACAUUUAUAAAUCAGUUUUUGUUCUCAUUUGAACAACAGUAUGACUUUGUUUUUCAUUUAUGCAGCAAAGCAGUGGGUGUAGUUUCAGUGAGACAGUUAUAGCAAGUGUCCAGGCUUUAGGUAUUUACAUGUGUAUUCUGUUUUAGGGUUGGUAUCCCCUUUAGUUUUAUAAAUGUGUCUCUUCAUAUAAUUUGGAUAAGUUUAAUUGGUCAAGAUGUCAUUAUUGUAGAUUCCAAACACAUGUGCUUUUCUUUCUCUCAUUUUUUCUAGCAGAAUGAGUGUCAGGACAGCAAAUGGAUGCUUUUUGCUGUCACAUAAGAUUAAGGUUUGCUGUUAAAUGUCUUAUUUGUAUAAACCAAUCUGUUUGCUGCAGCUUCUCUUUGCAGCACAUAGAAAUCUGUAUUGUGCACUUUCCUCAUUUUCUCUUUUUUUUUGUCCUUUUCUUCGAGAGGAACAAUUCUAUAAACUUACAUUGCCUUAAAUAUCAAGUGAAGUCUGUUACUGAAGCUCGCUCUCUGGCUGGAUAAAAUGUGCUCUAGUUUUUAAUGGUGCUUUGCUGUUAGUUUAUACUAGUCCAGACCUGUAUUCAUAAACCCUCUGAGGACAGCGGUCACAAGGCCAGAGAACAGUUCUGUUUUGAACUUGGGUUUCUUGAAAUAUGUAUUUAAUCUUAGGCUAAAGAUUGGAACAGUUUGAUAAUGAAUUCAUUUUCAUUGUGUGGAUUUUUGUUUUUAUUCUAUCUCCCUCAUAAUGUUUGUACAAUAAAGCUUCAAGCUGGCCAUUUGAUUCUGACUUUGGGACUUGCAAAAGCAACCCAUAUGCUACACCACAUAAUAUAAGAAAUAAUGUAUAUUUAAAUCUACGGUGGACGUAAACUGGUUUGGCAUUUUUUGUUCAGUUUUGCAAUUUGACCUGAGUAUUAUGGUCCCUUCACAGUUAGCUUAUGGUCCCUUCACAGUUAGCUUAAUUCUCAGCUAAGAUAAUAAUGGUAAUCCUCAGAUUUGUUGCAUUAAAUUUAAAUGUCAAAACAACGUCAACAUUCAUGGUAUUAUGCAUUACAAAUACUGUUGUGAUCAUGUGUUGAUAAAGUGUGUUCUUGUUUGUUUGUUUUCACUGCUUCUAACAAAUAGUUAUCAUGUGAAAGUGUCAACCAAAGUGUGAUAGUUUGGCUCCAAGCAGGAUGCAAACGCUGGUCGCCUGAGUGAAAGUCCUGUUGCCGACUUAUGCCACCAUCCAACCCUUCUGACUCCAUAGAAGGACUUCUAUGUUACAGUGUUGCCUUUGGGGGACAGAACACUUUUCUGUCAAAACGUAAUUGAGAAUGCAAUUUAGUGUAACUUUUGGGAGAUACACUACUGUUCAAAAAUUUGGGGUCACUUAGAAAUGCUUUUUUAAAUGCAGAUAGCAUUAAAUGAAUUAAAAAAUACAGUCUAGACAUUGUUAAUGUGGUAAAUGACUAUUCUUGCUGGAAACUGCUGAUUGUUAAUGGAAUAUCUUCAUAGUUGUUCAGAGGAACAUUUCCAGCAACCAUCACUAAUGUGUUCUAAUGCUACAUUGUGUUAGCCAGUGGUGUUUAAAGGCUUGUGCAUGAAUAAAAGUGUGAGAUUUCUUGAAAAACAAGAAAUUGCCUGGGUGACCCCAAGCUUUUGAACAGUAGUGUAGAUUCAGAUGUCUCUAUUUAUUUUAAAAUAGCAAUCUCAGCCACUUUCUAAAUAAAUCAAAGCACCAAUCAAAAUAAGGGAAGUGGGAUUUUUUUGGACUCCCUGAUUACGAGUUUAAUAAUUUCGCAAAAAAAGAAAACUCAUUUUAGACUGGCUCACAUUCUGUAGCCCAUGUCUGGUAACAGUUAUCAAAAUAGUAAAAGUUCUAAGGUACUGUGGCAGCAGAACUGUAAUGAUGCAAAUCUAACUGUAGGUUUAGCAGGUCAGAAAAAAUCCAAUCCUCUCCAAUAUUGUUUUUUUGUUUUUCCAACAUGCAUGAUCAUUUAAAAUAACUCACCGAGUUUUCAUGGCUUGAAGUGGAUUUAAUUUCAAAUAUUCAACAGAGGGAAAUCUGGGAUUUGUUUGGUUUUCUAGCUACAAGAAUAUGACCACUAUUAACUACUGUAAGUAUUGCUGGACUCACAUAUUAGCCGUAGCUCCUAAUAAUUAAGUCUCUGUUUUGGUUGGAGGUAGUUUUAUGAAUACUGGUCUUCUUUUGUACAACCUAGCAGACUUUGUGUAGGAAAAAAUGCCGGAGCAUCAAGGACACUGGCUUCGACAUGAUUCAUCUUUAUGAAGACGUGCUAUAGCGCAGCUGUGAGGCUCUUUGUGCUUAACUGUCACUGUUAAAAAUGAAGACGCAACAAUAUUUUGUAUAACUGUUUGGUGUUUUCUUUUUUUGUCACGCAAAAGUACAUAGAGAGGACUCCAAGUGGGCAAAACCCUUCUGUUUAACAAUACACAGUCAGCAUUAAUUAUACCGUCUGUAUAGGCAUUUUGUUCAACAUUACAAUUAUGUAAAAGUAUAAGACAUGAUCUAAUCAUCGUUUAACAUCUGACCUCUUUCUCUGGUUGUUCUUGGUGUAAAAAUAGAAUCUAUUUCUCACCAACUGUAAUGGUACGUAUUGUUACCUCCUCGUGGCAGAACGCGGGGGGAUUACUUUCAUUUGUUUACAUUUUACAGACCACAUGAAUGUCAAAUGAAAAACUCAUUGAAAAUCCAAAUCUAAGAAAGAAAAAAAAAACAUUCAAUGUUGAUGUUGUUGUUAUUACUAUUAAAUGAGAAAAAAAACAGUGUUGCAUUAGUGUUUCUGUUAUAUUUCUUUGGGGGGUUUUGUUUUCUUAUGCGUGGGAGACUGUCUGGUAUAUAUCUAUGUAUCACUUGUGGACUGCAUUUUGCUCACUGCCUCAGUCAUGAAUUGAAACAGUUCUUCACGCUUGAAAAUCGAAUAAUUUACUCCUCAGCACAAGUUGCUGCUAUCGAUGUCCCAUUUUCUGAAACUUUCUUUUUCCAAGUACCAAUCUACUCACACAAAAUAGAUGUGAUACAAAGCUUUGGGGAUCAGGACAAGCUAAGAGGAUCAGAUUAAUCCAGUCAUACCUUUUAAGUAUGCUAUAAUCAGACAUAAGGCUACUAUUUCUAAUGGGUUUUAAAUAGUAGCUGUCAGUGGGGCUGUUUGUAUCCCAUGACUCUGGCUGUAGCGCUAUAAAUUUACUUGUUCUGGUUCUGUGUAUGGCAGACUGAACUACCAUGCUAGCUGGCUUGUUGUCAACGCAUAAAGAGUUUUUGCUGAAGCUUGAAUUUUAAAUUGUAUAUUUUUCUCUGCUUAUGAAAUGAUUAAAUAAAUGAUGACUAUGUAUGA